AUGGAGGGCUACGGCGCUGCGUCGCCGCCGGAUGGGGUGUAUCUUGCUAAGAUUGUGCAAGAUACGCUGCCUCCGUUAGCAGCUGCCUAUUUCUUUGUGGCCUAUCUCACAAGCAUCCUUUCUCGCGACGGCAGCGAGAAAAAUACGCCGUCGGCGCGACGUUCAGACAUUGCGAUCGGAUGUUUAAUAUUUACAGUGUUUCUGACUUAUGUUGUGGACUCGAUAAACCUGAUAUCUGCCACCUUUGGGGACCAUGGUGUUGUAUCUCCCAAAGGUCGUAUUAGCCUGCAGCUGUUUGGACUGUCGUCGGCCCUUCUCUGGCUCACUACCAUCUUGCUGUACUCGGACAAGCCACCACAGCCAGUCUCAUACCCUUUCUAUGGCCACUGGUUGAUAUAUCUCGCGUCAGAGAUUGUAUUGCUCCUAAGUCCCGUGGCCCCUUACCCUGUAGCAAACAUCGUCAGCAUCUUGUGCCAAAUCUUUAGGGUUACUGCACUUUCAUUGCUUAUCUGUGCUGCUUUUGGUCCUCGGAUCUUCCCAGGGAGGAAGGCAAAGCUUGACGAGGAAAAUUCCCCUUUACUUGCACAUGAGCAGCCGCUACUUGGAGAACCAGAUGCCACUGGCGUCGGUACCAAUGGAGCAGCCUAUGGAUCGUGCGACUCGAACAAUUCGAACAACCUAUCAACCAAAAAUGGAUCAAAGGACUCAAAAACGGAGGACAAAGUCAAUGGCAGUGGGGAGAAUGAGAAAAAGGGAGGCAUUUGGUCGUCUAUCAAGGACUUGAAGGCACUUGCACCGUUCUUCUGGCCUUCAGGGAAACCUCGCCUACAGUUCCUUUUCGUAGGGAUGUUUCUCUGUCUGGUCGUCGAGAGAGCGUUGAAUCUCAUUAUUCCUUUGCAGAUAGGCCUGAUAACCGAUAUCCUCAGUGAAACUCGAGGAGCAUUGCCAUGGAAAGAAAUUCUGAUUUUUGCUUCACUUCGCCUACUUGACUCCAGCGGGGGGGUGCCGGCGCUGCGAAGAUUUAUGUGUAUGCCAGUUGACGACUUCUCAUAUUUGAAGCUCAGCACAACAGCAUUCAACCACGUUAUGUCACUAUCUUGUGACUUCCACGAUAAUAAGCAUUCCGGAAGGCUUUGGACCGCAGUCAUUCGCGGCCAGUCGGUGAAAGACGUCAUUCACAGCAUUUUCUUCUUAGUUGGACCCAUGGUUGUUGACCUUGUCUUAGCUGUUACCGUGUUGUAUGUCAAGUUCGAUGCUUAUAUGGCACUGGAUGUUGCAACGGUAAUGGUGCUGUUUUUGUGGUCGUCCGGAAAACUUGUUACAAAACAGAAGGAUAAGCGACGAGAGUGGAAUGAGGCUCGAGGUGCGGAGUUCACUGCUCUCUGUGAAUCAACCGAAAACUGGCGCACAGUUUCUUAUUUUAGCCGGGUGUCCUACGAGAUAUCGCGAUACAUGAAACUGGUAAAGGCCCAGCUACAAGCCCGAUUCAAAUUCAGAUUUUGGGAUCACAUGGAGAGUGCGGCCCAGUCCGUUUUACUAAUAUGUGGGCUGAUGGCUGCUUGUUUUAUGGCAGCAUACCAUGUUGCUAGUGGAGAGAAGCCCAUUGGCAGCUUUGUUAUGCUGCUCAGCUACUGGGCUCAGUUAUCCAGCCCCCUACAGUUUAUUGCAAAUGGGUUCGGGGAGCUGGCCCGCGAUUUGGUCGACGUUGAAGAAUUUCUUUCGAUUCUACGCCAGAAGCCGACUGUCCAGGACUCACCCAAUGCCAAACCUUUGAAAUUCGAAACUGGGCAAAUUGAAUUUUCCAACGUCGAUUUUUCUUAUGAUGGCAAGAGGGGAGUGCUCCGAAAUAUUAAUUUCCAGGCGAAAGCUGGAGGCACCACUGCCUUAGUCGGCCAAACCGGUGGGGGCAAGUCAACCAUUCUGAAGUUGAUAUUUAGGUUCUACGAUCCCACUCAAGGUACGGUGCAAAUUGAUGGACAAGAUGUGUUCGGUGUUUCUCUCGACACCCUACGUGAGGGUAUUGGUGUGGUACCCCAGGAUCCAACACUCUUCAAUGCCUCAAUUAUGAGCAAUUUACGGUACGGAAGGCUGGAUGCCACUGAUGAGGAGGUGAUGGAGGCUUGCAAGGCAGUUGCUCUCCACGACAGAUUUAUGAGCCUUACGGAUGGAUAUGACACGUUGGUUGGCGAGCGAGGUAUGAGGUUGUCUGGUGGCGAGCUCCAACGUGUUGCCAUUGCACAAACAAUUCUCAAAGAUCCGAAAAUCGUUCUCCUAGAUGAAGCGACAAGUAGUGUGGAUAGCGAAACAGAAGCUCUAGUCCAAGAGAGUUUGCAAACGCUUACCGCAGGGCGAACGACAUUGGUAAUUGCGCAUCGACUGUCUACCAUCAUCAAUGCGGACCGGAUCAUUGUUAUAAACAACGGGGAGAUUGUUGAGCAAGGAACCCAUACAGAAUUGUUACAGAAUCAUGGAUACUACCACCGCCUUUGCGUCCGGCAAGGAUUCCUAGAAGCAAGCGAACCUGAUAGUGGCACCCCCUUUUCAGAGACAACUUGUUCUUGCCAUCAAUACGCAACAAACGGGGAGAGGAUUUCAUGGAAACCGGAUGCCCCAGAAUUUAUCCCUAAAGCGUAUCAACAACCAGGCGGAAAUGAGCUACAGCUCCCCCUAAGCGAGUGUGAUCCAAAUAGUAAAUCUUCGGCGAACAAGGGAUUUGCUGAACCCGCCGUUGAUAUUUAUGAAACGGAGACAGACGACAGCUUUCACAUUGAGACAGGGCCUGACAAGGAAAAUAUCCGAGUGAAACUUGCGGUAGAAAGUUCUACGGAUAUUGGAACUAGCGACCCGACGUUGAGGAACGAGACGGAGACAAGCCACGACGAACCUGGAAUAUUUUAUCCAACGAUGAACGAGAACGCAAGAGGCAAUUCGCUAGGCUUUGACGAGAGAUAUAGUGCAACCACUACCCUAGACGAAGGGCCCUCUGUAUCGAAAGGUGACGCACAAGGUUCUGAUCGCCGAGGAUUGUCAAAGAGUGAGCCUGCUACUGACUUGACAAGCAAAGCCUGCGUGGAUGGCGAUGAGGACUCGACCACCGCUGAUGACUGGCAGACAGUUGGCGCCAAAACCAAGACUACGUCAAGCCCGGUUAAAUCACAAACCAGAGGCUCUGCGCGUCAGCGCCAUCGCCGCAGAAACUGGAAAGGAAGAGAGAACUAUCAAAGAGCGGAAGCCGGACGUCGUGGACCGUGA